CAUUGAUUUCAGUGGAUUUCGGCUGCAAGUGUACGUGUAUCAACGUAAAUAAAAAGUUGUUGAAAUUGCUAUUCAAAAUGAUGCAAUUUGAAGAAGAAGGCGAAACGCUACAAGAUAAAUCUCGAUGCGCCAACAUUCGCGCUGAUCUAAAAAUGUGUUUGCUACGAAGCGAUUGCUGUAAAAUUUAUAAGCGUACACCUAGGGAAUGCCUUAGGUUACAUGAUGGCACAGUUCCAGAUGAAUGCUUUGCCUUGCGUAACUCAUUCUUUGAAUGUAAACAUUCUUUAAUUGAUGGCAGACGGCGAUUUAGAGGUCCCAAAGGAUACUAGUCAUAAAAUAAGGAUGUAUGUGUAUAUUUAAAUGUGGGUACAGACUGUGCAUGUAUAUAUGUAAUUUUCAAUACAGAUAUAUAUUCUAGUAAUAAAAAAUUUUAUUUCUUUAUUGCGACAAAAGAUCUUUUUAAAUAUUGAUAAACAAAAUUUAGGAAAAACAAGUGCUAAUAAGGAAGAAAUAAACAAUUUAAUGUUAGAAGUGAUUUAUUAUUCGUCAUAUUCGUUGUACACGAUUUAAUAAAUCUAUUAUAUUUAUGAAGUAGCAAUGUAUUAUACAAUUCAUCGCAUUUGUUUAUAGUUAUAGCAUGAUUUUUAAAGAGAUUCUUGUUUUCUUAUGAAAUAACCUAUUGUUAGAUUUAGCUAAGAAAUACGAUGUUUUGUACAAUUCCUAAGUUACUUUGAAGAGGCAUACUUCUUUGUAUAGAGCAAAAAUUCUUUUGUAGGCAAACAGGAGGUGCCGUGUUUCUUUUCCAAGAACAAAAGCAGUUUAUUUUAACCCUUUUAGUACAUAAUGUCAUUAAUCAAAUAUUAAUUUUUAUUAAUUUCAUGAAAAUAAUAUAACUACUCUCCUUUCAAUUUUAUCCUUACAAAGUAAAAUUACCUUAUGCAAUUAAUAAAAAUAGCAAGAAAAUGUAAAGAAAAAAAAAAAUACUUUUUAGUUGCUAAGUAAAUUGAAAUUAGGGGAAAAAGAUUUCAAAUCUCUUAUUUUUAAUAUGUUACUAUAAGGGUUAAUGCAGUAUGUCCAGUCUUUUCUUAAAAUAAUAUUACAUCAAAAUUUUCACAUAUAUGUGCAAAUUAUAAUUUAAAAUCAAAACUCAUUUUAA